AUGGUGUUCACUCCGUCUGAAGUUGACGAAAAAGCGAUUGCCACCAUCCGCACCCUUGCGGCGGAUAUUGUGGCCAAGUCCAAGUCGGGCCACCCAGGUGCCCCCAUGGGUCUUGCCCCGCUCGCCCACCUUCUCUGGAGUCGCGUGAUUACGUGCGACCCGAAGGACUCGCACUGGCUCAACCGUGACCGCUUCGUCCUCUCGAACGGUCAUGCUUGUGCGCUGCAGUACAUUAUCCUUCACCUGAUGGGCUACAACCUUUCGAUGGAUGAUCUCAAGUCGUUCCGCCAGCUGCACUCGCUCACCCCUGGCCACCCGGAGGCCAACCACACGGACGGUAUUGAAGUGACCUCCGGUCCUCUUGGCCAGGGCUUUGCCCAGGCUGUGGGUCUGGCCAUUGCCCAGAAGAACGCCGCUGCCACUUUCAACAAGGACGACUUCGAGCUGUUCAACAACAAUACCUACGUGUUCCUUGGUGACGGCUGUAUGCAGGAGGGUGUGUGCUCUGAGGCCGCCUCGCUUGCUGGUCACCUGAAGCUCAACAACCUCGUUGCUUUCUACGACGACAACAAGAUCACCAUCGACGGUGACACGAUCGUGUCGUUCACGGAGGACGUGGCUAAGCGCUUCGAGGCAUACGAGUGGAACGUGCUUCACGUGAAGAACGGUGACUCGGACCUGGACGCCAUGUACCAGGCCAUCGAGAAGGCGCAGGCGGAGAAGGAAAAGCCGACCCUCGUUAUCGUGGAGACUACCAUUGGUUUCGGUUCGUUGAACCAGGGUAAGGAGAGCACGCACGGCGCGCCGCUCAAGCCGGAUGAUGUUCGCCAGCUCAAGGAGAAGUUCGGCUUCAACCCUGAUGAGACUUUUGUUGUGCCGGACGAGGUGGCGGAGGCCUACGCUUCGUACGCCCAGCGCGGUGCUGAGAAGCACGCUGAGUGGGAGAAGCUCUUCAGCGACUACAAGGCCAAGUACGCCGAGGAGCAUGCUGAGAUUAUGCGCCGUAAGGAGCGCAAGCUACCGGAAGGCUGGGAGAAAGUCUUGCCUGUGUACUCGCCGGAAGACAAGCCUAUGGCUACGCGUAAGCUUUCGGAGGCGGUGCUCCAGAAGAUCAGUAGUGUGCUGCCCGAGCUGAUGGGUGGCUCGGCCGACUUGACAGGCUCGAACCUGACCCGCUGGUCGGAGGCUAUUGAUUUCCAGCCGCCGUCGCUGAACAUCGGUGAGUACAAGGGCCGCUACAUCCGCUACGGUGUGCGUGAGCAUGCUAUGGGUGCGAUUAUGAACGGUAUCUAUGCGUACGGUCUGCACAUCGCGACGGGUGGUACCUUCUUCAACUUCGUCACCUACGGCUGGGGUGCUCUUCGUCUCUCGGCUCUGUCCAAGUUCCAGACCAUUUGGAUUGCUACACACGACUCGAUCGGUCUUGGUGAGGAUGGUCCGACCCACCAGCCAAUCGAGGUGGCGGCUGCCUGCCGCUCUCUGCCGAACCUAGACUUCUGGCGCCCGGCUGAUGGUAACGAGACAUCGGCUGCUUACCUGGUGGCGCUCCAGACGUUCUACCGCCCUUCGGUGCUGGCCUUUUCGCGUCAGAACCUGCCGCAGCUCGAGGGCUCGACCAUUGAGAAGGCUGCAAAGGGUGGUUACGUUCUAGUGGAGGAGCAGGACGCUGACCUGACGUUGGUGUCGACCGGGUCGGAGGUCUCGAUCUGUCUCAACGCUGUGAAGAAGCUCAAGGAGCAGGGCUUCAAGACCCGUGUUGUUUCGAUGCCUUGCUUCAGCGUGUUCGACAGCCAGCCCAUUGACUACCGUCUCUCGGUGCUGCCGUCUGGCCACCCCAUCCUCUCGGUGGAGGCCUACAGCACGCUGGGCUGGGGCCGCUACUCGCACGUGCACCACGGUCUCGACAAGUUCGGUACGUCGGCGCCGUAUGAAGAAGCGUACAAGAACCUCCAGCUCACUGACGUGGACAUUGCGGAUCGCGCUUUGAAGGUGGUGGACUUCUACAAGAAGCAGGAUCAGAGGGUGCUCUCGCCCCUGAUUUUCGAAACUAUCCUGUAA